AUGGAUGAUCCAUUUCUGGCCUUCAACUAUUCUCUCGAUGGAAUCGUGAUGAAUGUCGGAUUUUCAUUGAAUGUGGUCCCAAAAGGCGUUACAUUUUUGGAAUUUGCUACGAAACGAAUUAUCUCCAAUGCAAACAGUCUCUCAAGAGCUCCGUACCAAGUUUUGUUACUAAUAUCGCAGAAAUAUAAUUUUCGCAUGCAUUUAAAAAGAACAACGCAAUAUGGAAAAUUAGUUGAUAAUAACACUCGAUGGACUGGCUUGAUGGGCUAUCUUCAACGCAAAGAAGUGGAUUUUGCCUCUCAGAGCUUCGUGUUUGCCCUCAAACGUAUGCCCGUUAUCGAUAGUGGCUUUUCAGCAACAAAAUAUCGACACUUUUUCGUGUUUCGCCAUCCGGACACACAUGUUAAUAUGAAAAAUCCGUUUUUGAGACCGCUGGAUGAUGUUAUUUGGCUUGGCAUCUUUCUCGUGUCAGUAGUUACGGUAUUUGCGUUGGUGAUGAUUAAAAACAAAGAACAAGAAUUCAUGAAAAUGAAAGAAGCUUUAGUGAUUUCCGUUCUAAAUGUCAUUGGAAUUCUCGCUCUUCAAGGUUUGUGUUCGGAUAUUUGGUCGUCGAUGAGGGCAAAGAUGAUUUUGAUGCUAUCCCUGAUUUUUUCUUUCAUUCUGUACCAACUUUACUCGGGAGCAAUAGUAGGAUCGUUGCUUGCUCCCUCCCCAAGGACCAUUACAACCAUUGAGAAACUCACUGAAAGCGGUAUGAAAAUUGUGAUGGAGGAGACUGCUUCGAAUCGUGUCAUUUUCGGCGUCUCUUUUGGAAAAGAUCUAAAAGACCUGUACGAAAAUCGCGUAAAGGACAAGGAAAUUUACGUUUCCAUGACUGAGGGUCUCAAAAUGAUGCGAGAUACUAGAAUUGUCUUUCUCACAAAUGUCGACGAGUCUUAUGGGCUAAUCAAAGACCUUUUUUCUCAUGCACAACAAAAAGAACUUCAAGAAAUUCCUUUUUUCCCGCAGGAAACCACACGAGCUGCUCUUUAUAUUCCAAUCCAGAAAAAGUCACCGUUUAGUGAGGUGAUUCGAGUUGGCGUCUUACGACUUGCGGAAAUUGGUAUCAAACUUCAUGUGGUUAAGCAAUGGGAACUAAAAUUACCAAAAUCAGACUCAAAUUCGAAUGUCUUGAAAAUAAUCGAUAUCGAACAGACACGAUCGGCGUUCUUUUUACUCCUCAUUGGACAUCUGAUCUGCAUGUUUCUUGUCUUUUUGGAAAGAAUUACGAUGAAAAUUCGUCACUGCUUGAAAAGACAAAGAACAUUUUUCAUUGACUAA